GGUCAUUUCUCUUGUGUAUGUCAUUGGGCAAAUGUUCAUGCACUGACCCAAGCAUAUGAAGACAAACCAGUCCACAACUUACUGCCAGUAACGAUGCGAUCUCUCGUCCUGUGCUUCUCGUUUGCACUCCAGUGCUUCGUUCUACAAAGCGCAUCAGAGUACUCUUCCAAAUCCGAGCUGGAAUACGAAUUCGGUGACUAUCGUGGCAAGUUCUGUAUCAACGAUCAAGGUUUUGUGUAUGGCAUCGGGGAGGUUUAUUAUCCGAGCUCCACAGCGUGCCCCUGCACCUGCACAGAGGAUGGACCCGUGUGUGUCAGACCCAAGUGCCCGCGUAUACACCCGCGAUGCACGCGCAUCAAAUACAAGUCGUGCUGUCCCGUGUGUGAAGCUGUCAGUAAAAUUUGUGUGUAUGGAGGCAAAACUUACAGAAUGCUGGAGGAAUUUAGGUUGUCACCCUGUGAGCGUUGCCGGUGUGAAGUCAACAGAGAAGUUUACUGCACCAUAUCCGGCUGUCCUGCCUUACAUUGUGUAAAUCCUGUAUACGAACCCAACCAUUGCUGUCCUGUGUGCAAAAGCGGGCCAAACUGCUUUGCUGGAAAUCGGGUGAUCUCAGCUGGAGAGCGUGUGGAGAUUGAUGAGCAGACGGUGUGUUUCUGCACAUACCAGGAUGGGACGUGGCAGGCGCACCCUCAUGCUACCUGUGAGGAGCGCCAGCGAGACAAUGAAGCCACUGACUCCGACAAAACAUCCAAACAGAUGGAGGAGCAGGAGAAGGAGAAAGAGAGAGUGUUCUCACCCAGGCUGGAUGCCAUCCCAUGAAGGGAAGAGUGCCUGGCACCAGCUCUCCUGACAGGCAGGAGGUGAUGCAGAGCACAAGCAGUGUGAUUGUGAACACAACCUGUGCUGGGAUAACUGCCAAUGCUGACCUCUUUAGCCAACCUCACCACCCCGCCCAUCCUGACCCAGAUCCGAAACCCUCUAAGGGUUUGGGUUCCCACACAAAUAUUUUAGGCAGUUUUCUACUUUGAUGAUAAUAAGAAAUGUUUUAUGAGCACGAAAUCAAGAUUGAAGAGCCGUGAUUUCACUGUCAGGCCAAAGCGGCCGCGUGUGUGUAUAUUAUUGUAUCAUAUUAAGAUGCAGUUAUACAGCAUAUUUAAAUAUGGAGCACUGUACCAUCUCAUUCUUUUAGCAUGUUGUUGAAUUUUAAAUGUUUUAUUCUAUGGCCAAUAUGAUGCAUUUAAUUCAUAAUUUCAAUGUUUAUUCAGAUUUAAAUAAUAAUAAUAAUAAUAAUAGUGUAUUAGAUUAACCAGUAAAAUUUUGUUCUCCAUAAAGAUGAUAAAUGUAUUUGUUUAUUUGUUUAGAUGGGAAGUGGAGCAUGCAAUGUGAAACACCCAAUUUCAAAGGGCUGGUCAAAUGGAAAUAUAUUUUAUGUAUUAAAAUACCUAAGGUUUGAGU